AUGUCGUCGUCGAUGUACCCAAAGCGCCGUUCGGCCGUGACUGCGUGCAGCAUCAAGCUCCCCUCGGGCCUGACUGCGUGCAGCAGCAAGCGCCCUCGACUCAUAGCUGCCGCCGCCAUCUCAUAUCCAUCUUCGUGGGCGUCUCUUCAGGCAGAUUUAGUUCGCCUGAUCGGGUGGAGGGUGUUGGCGAGCGACUUGAGGGACUAUGUCCGCUUCCGCGCCGUUUGCCCCCACUGGCGGUCUAGCUCCGUCUGCCCACGCGGCCGUGGUGUUGUCGACCCGCGCUUUCACCCGCGCCGGUGGAUGAUGCUGCCCGAGGGCCACGGCCUGUAUCCUGGCCACGGCAGGCUACAUGGGUACAUCCGCUUUAUCAACCUCUCCACUGGCGCCAUCGUCCGUUGCCUGCUCCCGCUUUUCAGAGAUCACUGCAUCCUCGACUCGGUCGAUGGUCUCCUCCUCUUGCAACGGGACGAAGACACCGCCAUCCGCCUCCUCCACCCAUUCACUGGAGACAUUGCAGAGCUGCCGCCACUUGCGACCCUCAUGCGUCUUCCUGGAGCCAAGAAAAAUGUUGAAAUGGUCUGGACGUAUCUUAGAAACAUCGGUGCCACGUCUGUCAGUGUUAGUGCAGCUGGAGUCAUCACUGUCAUGAUUGUAGUUUAUAAGCUAUCGAUUUUAGCCUUUGCUACCACCAGGGACCAUCAAUGGAAUGUUGCAAGCUGGGUGCUCCCACCAAUUGGGAGUCUAAUAUCAUCCCAAGGCAAGCUAUACAUGAUGGAUACUUCCACAUUUUACACUAGUGGUUCUGGAGACACUCAGAUCUUCCAGAUCAAUCCACCCCAGCAUGAAGAGAUGGGUUCAGGUUCGUCUUCGAUGCCAUCAAAGAAGUUGAUUGCUACAUGCUGGGCUGGCAAAAUGCCUGCCCCUCAAUACCUGGCAGAAUGUGGCUCAGAGGUCCUGGUGAUUGGGUAUAGCGACGGAUUUUUUACGCACCCUUUGGUUUACAGACUGUCUGACCUUAUCCUUAACGGGCUGUCCCGGUAA